CAUAAAAAAGGAUCACGUGCUUUUCGGCAAGUCGGCUUCUUUCAAGAUUUUACUUUUUAUUUACAUACUUGCGAUAUUAUAAGUGGCUUGACUGCAUUGACUGCAUUGAGACCUGCUCCUUACUGCGCCCUCGCUGGAUUUAUGAAAAGAAAUGGCAUACAUCGCGACAGCCUGACGAGAAGAGAGAGUAAUUUACAUCGAAAAAGAAAUUUAUUAAGACGCUCUCGAUUUCAAGUUUCUCAACACCUCUCACAUGCAGAUAAUGCUGAAGUGGUAAAUUAUGGCGGAUCCCACUAUCCAAACGUUUUGCUGCCACAGGUCAAACCGGUCAGAGGAGGUCGGACUUCUUUACGAGUUUAACUCUCCCUCUUACAAUAUUGUUUGUGCUGUUUCUUCGGUUAUUGGCGUAUUAGGAGCCAUUUAUCAAUUGCUACCUCGAGAGGAAUUUCAUUCAGCUCCAAAUCGAUGGGUAACAUUUCCAAUCACCCGUGGACGUCAAAUCAUCAUGUGGCUGGCCGUUGCCGACCUUUUAGCUUCGCUGGGCGUUUUUGUCCGGUCCCUUUUGUGGAUCAACUACCAAACUCUCAUUCCGACAGGGGGAAAUGAUGCUAGUCUUAUUUUCUGCUUCGCCACUUCGGCAUGGAUAGAGUACUUCUAUAUGUGCACAUGGCUGUGGACUCUGUGUUACGCAAUUGACGUUCGACUUGUCCUGAAAGACAAACAAGGCCAACCGUGGCUGUACCACCUAUUUUCGUGGUCAAUUCCAGCUGCUCUGACUUCUGUAGGUCUAUCAAUUCUUUACAUUCCAAAUGCAAAUUGCCACAGCUUAGACUCAAAUGCCUUUGCUCGAAUUCUGCCCAAUUAUUGUGCCACGUACUUUCCAAUUGCAAUUAUUAUGAUUGCCAACCCUGUCCUUUAUGCGGCCUCAUCUAAGGACGUUACCCUCCAAGCAGCCAGGGUUCUUGGACAAUUUACCAGCAGAGAGCGAGCCUUAGUUGAUGCUGUGCGAUUUAAGUUUUUCGCUAUCAACGCAGCCUUCUACGUUUGCUGGUUGCCUAAUCUGAUAAACGGUCUGCUCCUGUGGACGCUGUGGUUUGCCCUGCCGGUCCGAGUGGUCAUCAGUCUGUGGUACUUGAUGGCGUUGACCAACCCCAUGCAGGCUUUGCUCAACAGUUUUGUGUACCGUCGCUGGAAAGGUCAGCCUCAACGACUCUACAUUCCAUGCCGCGCCCUGUCCAAGGGAGAAGCGUCUCCUUGUGAGGACACGCCUUUACUUCUCAGUCACGAGUCUCUUCGGGCAAACAGAGGAGCUUCGAUUAACGGUUGCGCCUCGACAUGAAACUGCUGCUGGUAAGGUUUUCUUGCCCUUUUUGAUGAAUUUAACUUGUUAAAAUUGAGACUGAAUUUUAAUCUGGCAAUUUUUCUGCCAAGUUUUCAAUAAUAUUUAGCAAUUAUCAGCUAAUUUAUAAUUUAAGAGAGGAAAUUAAAAUUUCAAUCACAAAAUUCAUUGAUAAACAAGCAGCUAAGAAUGAACGAAAAAUGGAAGCCAAUCAAAAUAUUAAAAUUCAAGACAUAUUUUUAUAUGUUGUACUAUUGUACUUAAAAAUAUAUUUACCACUUUGAAAUUUAUCAAAUUAUUGUAAUAUCUAACCCUUAAGUUAGCCAAGUUAAUUAUUUUUGCCCAAAACUAACAGUAUUUCCAUUACACCUCACUUUGUAACUUCCUAGCUAUAAUAUAAAUUAAUGAAAUGAAUCAAAAUCUUAAGUCCACUGCAUUUCUUAAGAGAUUACGUUUUACUCUCUAAAUUUAAACGUUAGGCUUCGUCUGAACUUAUUUUUAUAAAUAUUUUUGCACAUUUGAAUUAAAGUGGCAAAAAAAUGUAGUUAUGUUAUGUCGAAAUUUUAGUAAAUAAUCAUUACAAUCCAAAAAAUUUUAAUUGCAAA